AUGUUAGUGUUUUGUAACCGUAUAUACUGUGUGGUAGUUGAAAACGGGCUUGUCUGGAGUUCCUUCCCCUUUCACUACGUAACAGGGUCUGGUCUGGUGCCCAGCUUCUAUUGUGACCAUUCAUACCCACCUGUGACAGCUAACACACCAGAAAAGAAACGAAAGCGUGAUUUUUCCUCACCCACAGGAAAAACCCCUACACAGCCUUUAAAGGCUAAAUUGGUGAAGGCGAACAAAACACGCAGGAACCUGGGCUGGACAUCCGAGGAGAAGGCGUUUCUCAUCAAACAUGUUGAAGAAACACCAAGAGACCCCGGAACAUCUCUAGUGGAGUAUUGGAAUCAGUUUGCUGAAAAGAUCAAUGCUGCUUUCCCAGACAGUUCUAGGAAAAGGAAUUCCUGCAAGAGUGUGGCACAGCGCCUCCUUAUAGCUCCAUAUAUAUGUACUACAAGUCCUCUGGAAAAUGCCACUAACCUGAACAAUCUUACAGCAGAUGUUGCCACACAAACAGAUUUCAUAGCUGGGCCUGACCAAACAGAGGAUGACUGGAUUUUUCUUGAACCAAAAAGAAAAUUACAGGAGGGUGCUAGUAGGUCAGCAGAGUUGAUUCCCCAGACAGCUUUGAAAAGAUUGAGACAGAAUGCCCCGCUUUCAAGAACAGAGAAAGCGUGUCUUAUCGACCUGAUAUAUAAUGCUACACCACAGCAGAUGGCCAGAACAAUGAUGGGUAUAACUUCACUUGGAGAAGAACUGAGAAAUAUAGUGUUAUUUGAUCUUGAGAUGGAGGCACAAGAGUGUGCAAACAAGGGAAGUGCACUGUACUUGAAACACUUUGACAACUUAAUCAAAUUUAGAUGGGAAAACAUCAUAAACGAAAUGGUCAAAAAACAAAGUUUCCUUUCUCAGGUGCUUCUUGCCAUCACUUUACCUAGAAAUAAGAUAGGUGACAGUAAAAGGACCCGAGACCUCGUCCCAGUGUUGGGGACAGCGUAUGCGAUCCUGAUGAAACAGAGAUACUCUGCUCUGUCUGGUGUACAGAAGAUGAUCUCAGUAGCAUUAGCAAAUGAACAAACACACCAGAAGAUUUCACUGUUCACUGUCUGUGAAAGAUGGAUAGAAUCUUCGUCAUCUGGAAUUCAAUAGGGUCUAUGAUCAACUCCAACCAUUGGGGAUCACACUAUGCCACCAGAGUAUGCUGGACACGAUGACCUCAAUAUCUGGGACAUUCAAUUCUAAAUUGAUAGACAGUUUGAAAUCAGGAAAACGCUUUCGUAUAGUGGGG